AUCCAUGGCUACAUCAUCCAUUAAAUUUCAUACAGUCUCUGUGCUCCUCUUCAUCCUCCUUAUCUCCUUUACAUCACAAACUUUGGGCGAGUCCGAAACCGAAAGUCGGGGGGAAUGUGGUUCAAAAUCAAGCGGUGGAUGUGAGGACAAGGCGAAAUCACUGGUGCUCAAGCUCAUUGCCAUUGCAUCCAUACUAGUGACUAGCAUGAUGGGAGUUUGUCUGCCAUUAUUUUCGCGUGGCGUACAGGCUCUGAAACCGGACAGAGAUUUAUUCAUAUUGGUGAAAGCAUUUGCCUCCGGUGUCAUACUUGCAACCGGGUACAUGCACGUCAUGCCGGAUUCGUUUGAUUGCUUAACCUCCGUGUGUUUACCCGAAAACCCAUGGAGGAAAUUUCCCUUCACUACUUUCAUAGCAAUGCUUUCGGCACUUUUGACUCUGAUGGUGGAUUCAUUUGGUUUGAGUUAUUAUAAAAAAUAUUGCUGUGAUAGCAAUCGUGUGACAGAUGGAGCAGUGGAGUUACAAGGACAUUGUCAUGGUAUGGUAGGGCUUGACGACAAGGCAUCUCAGUUGGUUCGAUACCGAGUGGUGGCUCAGGUAUUAGAAGUAGGAAUUGUGGUGCACUCAGUGGUGAUAGGGCUAUCACUUGGGGCAUCUGAUAAUCCAUGCACCAUCAAACCGCUCGUAGCUGCUCUCUGCUUCCAUCAACUAUUCGAAGGAAUGGGUCUAGGCGGAUGCAUACUACAGGCUGAGUACGGGUUGAGAAUAAAAGCAAUAAUGGUAUUCUUUUUCUCGGCAACAACUCCAUUUGGGAUUGCAUUGGGGAUUGGGUUGUCGCAUGUAUAUAGGGAAAACAGCCCCACCGCACUGAUUGUGGUGGGAAUACUGAAUGCAUCAUCAGCAGGACUGUUGAACUAUAUGGCACUUGUCGAUCUGCUUGCCUCUGAUUUUAUGGGUCCCAAGCUGCAGGCAAGUAUGAAGCUUCAGAUAUGGGCUUAUGUUGCUGUUUUUUUAGGUGCUGGAGGAAUGUCUUUAAUGGCAAAAUGGGCCUAAUUUAUUUAUUUAUUUUUUUUUUAAUUCAUCUUCUUCAUUCGUUUGUUUGUGUUAUUUUUCCUAGUUAUAAUUAUGAAGAUAAAAGAUUAAUGCUUUUCAUUUUGAUUUGUUAAUAAUGUUGCCACUGAAAUGAAACAUCUUCGUGUUUCUUUCCUUUUUUUUUUUUUUAACCGGAAUGUUUUGUUGUUUUCACUAAAUUUUCAAACCAAACAAAACAUUGAAUGAACACUAGCAUGCAUUUAAAAAUAAAUAAAUAAAUAAAAAGGGAAG